AUGGGAUCGUCAGGGGAACGAUCCCCAGCAGCAGCAGCAGCAGCAUCUGCUGCUGCUGCUGCUGCUGCUGCUGCUGUAUGGCCGUUGACUGAUGCUGGGCUACGGGGCUUCGCUGCGCCGCUGCUGCCGCUGCUGCUGCUGCUGCUGCUGCUGCUGCUGUUGCUGGGUUUAUACUGCAGCAGCUGCAGCCGCCCUGAAGCAGAGACCUCACACACGGGGCAGCAGCAGCAGCAGCGAAACAGAAACAGCAGCAAAUGUAUUACGAACAGCAGCAACAGCAGUAGUAACAGCAGCAACUCAUAUAACAGCAGCAACUGCAUUAGUAGCAGCAGCAGAGCAGAAACAGCAGCAGCAACAGCAACUCUAUUAGCAGCAACCGCAACACCAGCAGCAGCACCAACACCAGCAGCAGCACCAACACCAGCAGCAGCACCAACACCAGCAGCAGCACGAACACCAGCAGCAGCACCAAAUCAGCAGCAGCAGCAACUCCAGCAGCAGCACCGACACCAGCAGCAACUCCAGCAGCAGCACCGACACCAGCAGCAACACCAGCAGCAGCAGCAGCAGCAGCAGCAGCAGCAGCAGCUGACGGGGUUGCAGCAGGCCUGCAAUGAGGGCCUCAACGAGGCGGGUGAUGUGGCGGGCGAGUCUGCGGCUGCUGCAGCAGCUGCUGCAGCAAUGGAGGCACCAAUCUAUUCGUUGCUUCUUGCCCGAGUGUAUCUAAACAAACAGCAGCAGCAGCAGCAGCAGCCUGCUGCACUGCUGCAUCUUUGUCCUGCAGCGCCUGCCGCAGCAGCAGCAGCAGCUUAUCCAUCUCAGCAGCAAGAGCAGCACGGGGGCCGCUGCGGAACGUCUCCAGCAACCCCAGACAAACCCCGCGACGCACAGAGGGAUCGGGGGAACGCAGAGACUGCAGCAGCAGCAGCAGCAGCAGCAGCAGCACAAGCAGCAGCAGCAGCAGCAGCAGCACAAGCAGCAGCAGCAGCAGCAGCAGCAGCAGUGCAAGAAGCAGCAGCAGAAACGAGAAAAGAGGAAUUUCAGGAGAAGCAGAGGGAGCAACCGCAACUGCAGCAGCAAAAGCAACGACAGCAGCAACAGCAUCAGCAACAGCAGCAGCGUCAUAAUCAUCAUCAACGCCAUCACCACCAACAGCAGCAGCAGCAGCAGCAGCAGCAACAACAGCAGCAACAACAGCAAGAACAACAGCAGCAGCAGCAACAACAGCCGUAG